CAGUGAUCGAAGUGGUUGUGUUUUUGGAAGUUAUAAUUUUCCCAAGAGUAUGAUCGUUCCAAUAUGAAAAUAUUACGCGCCCUGUAAUCGAUUUCCUUUCCUAUAUUUGGAACGCUAUAGCAUGUUGCAAUUCUGAAAUUGUAUUCUGAAACUGAGUAGCAAGAGAUUACAGAAAAUCUAUCAAAAUGGCAAAAGAGAUGAUGAUAGUGUUCGUGUACGACACCGCGUGCUGCGUGGCGGAGGAGGACGACCCGGCCGACGCGGUGCUCUACUUCCACCCGGGGUGGGUGUCGGACACGCAGCGGCUGGCCCUCGCCGGACAGGUGUGUUCGUGUCCUACACUCGGUACAGAGAGAUGAUGAUAGUGCUCGUGUACGACACCGCGUGCUGCGUGGCGGAGGAGGACGACCCGGCCGACGCGGUGCUCUACUUCCACCCGGGGUGGGUGUCGGACACGCAGCGGCUGGCCCUCGCCGGACAGGUGGUUGGCGCCGCGCACUGCAUCAAGUCGCUGUUCUCCCAGCCGCUCGCCAUCACGCUGCAGAGCGGCAAGUUCAUCAUCAGAGAAUAUGGCAGAUACAUAUUGGCAAUAGGCAGCGACCGGAACAUACCCGACUGGGUGCUAAAGAACCGAGCCAGCUUGCUCACGUCCAUGAUCAAAGUGUACCACGGGGACCUGCAGGCGCUCGCCGACAGCUUGGAGGACCAGAAGCGGUUGGCUGAGAAACUGUACCAGAUCUUCGAGACGUAUCUGCCGGUGCUACAGUAUGGCUGUCAUAUAUUCCAAAGGGUGCCAAUGUUGAGCCUUCCAAAGAGUGCUACGUCCGUGUACAUGGAGUCAAUGCAGAUCUUGGAGCAUUGUCGCAGGAGUAAAGGUGUAUUGGGCGGUGUCAUACUUUACAAUAACAAAAUCAUUUCAACACAACUACCGCCAAGUUUGACCUCAUAUUUAACAGUGGUGGACCCAUAUCGGAUAAAAUCACCCGCCGAGAACCUAGAAACUGACACCCCUUUGCCUUUAGGUGCUCAACUUUUAGUAGUAUAUGUAGGAAAAAAGACUUACAACGCCCUAAGGAAACAAACAGACAAACUACAAGAUUUCUACCAAAAGGGAGACGAAGUUAUCGCUAAAUACAAAAAGUUACAAGAAGCAGAACGUGAAAGAGCUCGGGACCAUCCCCAAUCGGGUAUGAAGAGAGACAAAUCCCUUCUGUUCACUGCGGUACCCGAAGAAGAUCACACAAUGAUAUCCCCGCCAAAUAAAGAAGAAAAUCCAGGUGUAGAAAGAAAACCCAGCAUGCCUGACGUAGUACCGUUCACCAACAAACCAAGGCCGCGCCCAAACAAAUUAUCUCUUAGUUUCAAAAAUCAGAAAUCGUUGGAUGAAGACGCAAAAGAAAACGAAAACGUGUUUACGGGUCAAACCAGCGUAUGCUCUACACCCAUGGUGGAAUACAAACGACUGCAUGGAAACAUGCUAUCUAUAUGUCAGAAUCCCGAUAAACCCGAUUUUAUCGCAGACGAACGAGAAAACGUAGAACCAGAUGUGCUUAAAAAUAUAGAGAACACAACAAAUGGCAUGGAUGAUGAAAAAAGAGAUACCAAAAUAAUUUUAGACAGCAACUGUAUAGGAGAACAUUUUAUCAAUAAACCAGAGCCGAUAAGAAAGCUAGCCAGCGUUACAGAUUUACAGGAGACGUUUAGAAAAUUAUCCACAAGGACAUCGUCAAAGAUGAAGUUAAAACGUUCCAAAAUAGACGGGCAAUCUGAUCCUUCUCCUGAAGAAAAAAGUCAAAACACAAUGACAAUCAACGAUCCGUUAUUCCCAGUGUUCAGAAACGACGGGGUCGCGAUUUCAGAGUCCCUAUUCAAUCAAUACCUAGAGCAGUAUUAUUCUGGUAUCAAACAAAAAACGAAAGAAGAUAACAUGUUUAAUUUCAACCUCAAACUUUGCGAACUAGACAAGUUCAAAGAUUUUGAUUCAGAUUUGAUAAAAUCACCGCAGCGGACGCCGAAGAAAGUUGCGAAAGAUUCCACAAAAACAAUACAAAGUGAUCAAUCUCGACGGAAAUCAUUGUCUUUACCUCUAAAAUCAUUAUCAGAAAGUAGUGAAACUCAAAUUGGAACAGAAUCGGAAACUGUUAGUUUAAAGAAAAAGUUGUCGGGAGUACAACUGACGCCUUUAAUGGAGAAGUUAAGUCAUUUGGCGUUUUCGGACAAGUCGAGCGGGUACAGCAGUAGAGUUAUGACACCUUUAGAGCUAAGAGAAUUACUGACACCUGCUUUGGAGAAACAAGUCACAUUUUCGGAAAGGACACAAGUGCGACACGAAGAAAGCGAGGAGUCCGAGUCGGACGGUGACAGCGACGUGGAGACGCUGCCCACGUACAGCGCGGAGGCCGUCAAGUGCGCGCUGUUCGUGAGCGGGCUGCACAACAUGGCGCUGCUGUCUUUGCUGGACCUGGACGCCGCGAACGACGCUGACACCAUCAACUCCUUGUGGGAAACGUCUUUGAACGCGUUAGGGCCAAUCGAGCAGAAGUGCAUAGAGCCGCUGACGACGGAGACGGACGCCUCGGACUACAGCUACCUGGUGCUGGACCCGGACUGGGGCACCGUGAAGAAGGGCGGCCCCUGGGCGGCGCUGGACAUCGCCACCAUGGGUUACAUACACAACGAGUUCGAGGAGCAGCCUGAUCUCACCGAAUUUAUACUGCGGAGCGAGGACAGCGUGGUGCUGGGCGCGGCGUGCGGCGGCGCGCAGAUCUACUACCAGGAGAGCGGCGCGCGGCAGGCGGGCCCGCCGCCGCCCUCCGACAUCCUCGCCACCGCGCCGCUGCGCGCGCGCCGCCGCCUGCACCGGGACCACUCCGCGCUGCUGUUGUAAACUACCCCACGGACUCAAAAGGACUUAGAACUCAGAGCCGCAAUUAACUACCCUACACCUACUUUUUGUAAACUACCCUCUUCAACUACAACUGUCAGUUUUCAAGCUCUUUUUACUGCUUCACCUCUGAUACAUGGGACCCAACCUCGUUGGUCCAGCGGUUAAACUUAUGUGAUCCGAAACUCACGAGGUCCCUAUGUUUGUAAACUACCCUACAUAUAAAACUACAAUUGUCAGGUGAUAUGCUACAUUUCUCUCACCUGAACUGCUUUGUUGGUCUACUAAUUAACUUGGGACUUCGGAUCACAUAAUUUUUCAUACAAUAACUGCAGUUAGUGUUGUUACAACUCUAUCUGCGUACCUGCAGUAGGUAAUCCUACGUUUUCAGAAAAUGUAAAAAAAUCAACAGUCCAAGUAUCAAGUUUGCAAUUGCACGUUGUAGAGUCAACAUCUCCUGAGGAUGCUCCGGUUUCGGGGUGAAACGUACGUAGAGAGUAUUUUGUCGGACCUGGGUGACGUUGUCGCAUGGGUUCGCCGAAUUUUCGCGGAUAAUAGCAAAAUAAAUAAAUCAUUAAAUAAUCAUGAUGAACUUCCGCAAAGUAACGCCUGCUUCUAUCCAAGUAUCAAGUUGAAAAGUCAUAUGUUUCUUCGCUAAUAACUGUUUGUAUUAUGGUGUAGUUUUGUCGAGCCCGAAUCAAAAAUAAAUGAAUUUAUCAAUACCACGUGUACUGAAAGGUGUUAGUUUAAGUACUUGCAUUACAUUGCCGUGUACAAAGGACACUAUCAUUAACUGUGUGUAAACUCUGUAUGAUAUUAUUUACAUUUACUACUUAUUGUUUACAUUUACUAAUUUUAUGGACUACUACUUUUAAUAUAAUAGGCAACAUUGUGAUACAUAGAUUCAGUAUAUCAAUAAAUGUAGGGAUACCUAUAACUUAGAGAGAGUAUGGGCGGUCGCAGACAAGUGCAACUCGAUGACUUUUUACGUUUUUAAGCAACUUCAAAAAAGGGUAAAGGUAGGUAAAGUUAAAGGGGUAAAGUAAUCAAAUCGACGCGUAUGAUUUUUUUAAUGUUUGUUACUUCAUAACUUCGUUAUAUUUCUUAACCAAUUUAGAAAACUUUCAUGAAAAAAUCAGUUCAGUACUUUUGUGUUAAAAUGAAAAUUUCAGUAAUUUUCAUUUUAAGUAAACGAAAUUGCCCAUGUGGUGUUUUCGGUCACUAUAGACAUAUAGGACACACUAAAAACAGAAAAAAAAAGCAAAAUGAUAAGUGUCUAUUUGGCAUAGCACCGUUUUCGAUAAAUAGAAAGGACAUAGGUAUGAUGGUAUUUUUCGCUUUUUAGAGUUAUGCAUCUUUGAAGUUGGUUACUUUUAUUGAUAAAAAGAUUUUUGCAGUAAUAUUAUCGUACGAACGGUUCGAUGGACAACGAGUAUGCUAAAAACUAUUUAUAUGUUAAAAAGUAUAAUGUAAAAAACGGGCAGGAAAAUGCUGUGUGUAGUCGAAACCUGCGAAUUGCAACAACUUUUUUAUAAUGCUUGCUAACAUAAUAAGGCGGUGAAAUAAGAAGCAUAGUAUGAAAUGCAGAUAACAGAUAGUUCCAGAUAAAAUAGUAGAGGCAAUAUUCUGUAUCAAAUCUCAAUACGUGACAAAUACCUAUCGUGAUGUUUAUUGAUAAACUGAAUCUAUUAACGCUAAUAUGAUAUUUUAUUUUUAAUAUGUAAAUAUUCCUUUUAUUUGUAUAUUUUUAUCAGACUUACAAAAAAGAGGAGAUUCUAUAUUCUAAAAAUAGUUUCGAUUUAGUUUUAAUUUGUUGUUUUGUUGGUCUAAUGUAGUCAAAAUGUGGCAAGAUAUUUGAAUUUGAUAGAUUUAGCAUAAUAUAGUUAUGGAAGACGAUUUUUUAAAAUGAAGGUAGAUGUAGUUUUGUCGUUUAUAGAAUAGAUAUUGGAAGUAGACAAUCCAAAAUAAAUUUAAAAGACUAAUCUUAGUAUUAAUACAUAGUUGCAAACUGAAUAAAUAAACAUUCCAAGCCAAAUUUAGUAAUUUCAAAAAAAAUAUCUAGUCUAAUGAGAAAGCAUUCUGAACUUUUAAAAAAAGCCGUUUCCAAUAUUUCAUUGUCUACUAUUUGCCAUUUUCCUAUUUAGUCCGUAGUAAAGUUUACAGGAUCAGUACAUAUCUUUGAAUCCAUCUUGAAAAUUAAAAUAGUAAUUUAUUAAUCUUUAGCAAAAAAAAAAGAAAUAGUUUGCUGCCCAAAAUAUUGCAGCUUGAUUGCCAAUAUUUCAGAGUUGAGCUUAUAUUGCGUUUUGAAUAUUGUAUAGUUUUGAAUUUCGCGAUCGUUAUUGCCAAACUACGUUCCGCCUAUAAAUUUCAAAAAUACAUUAUAUACAUAUUUAUUUUGUAUAACUUUAUCAACAUUCCAUUUCAGAAGAAAAAUUACUCUACAUUCCAAUCAUACAGAUUACGUCACUAAGUUGACAAUCUUCUUGUUCAAUUUAAUUUUUUUUUUGUAAAUAAUUUGUAUCUAUAGUUUCCGUCUACAAUGUUGAGGUACAGAUACUUAUGCAGAUCCCCAAACCGGUUUCCAGCCGAAAUCAUAUACCGGUUAAUCCUACCUACCAAAUCGCUUGACAGAAAAAUAACAAAAGUGGACAGAUAAGUGCCCCUUCACACAGACCGGCUCGGAAAGCAUCUGACGGCGUUUUUUUCACACACACCGCGCUAAACUGCACGCAAACGGAGCUACGCGAGGGUGGAACAUCUUCCAUUUCUCUGAUAAAUACAAGCUAUUGCCAUUCCCCUCCAAUUAGUUGGGAAAGACCACAGAACAGUCAACGAUAAAAACUAACGCUUUUAGCAAUAGAAGUAGCAAGGGGGCGAGGCCCGCGUACACCCGGGUGUGCGGAACAUCGCAAGCGUGCCCGCGCAUGUACUAGCAGUCUUGUUUUGUUCUGUGACAAAAGGUAUAAAUAAUAUUCAACUCUAACGUAAGGGUGGCUACAUUUUUCACUAAAUAUUAAACAGCCAUUUAGGCCACGCCCCUGGGUACGCUGGUUUCAAUACAAAGAAUUGAUACUUUAUAAAUCCAGUUACCUCUUAUAUCUGUGGAAAAGACUGUAUUACGGUACGACAAUAGUCCAACUGAGUGAGGAUCGAACCACCACACCUUGGUGAGUCUGACCGCUUUACCGUUGAGCUAUUGAGGCUCUAAAUUAUACAACACUAUCCAACCCUUUAAAUUCUGACACACCCCAGCUCUACUCUCUGAGCCGGACGCCUUAGGUGCUUAUAAAUUACACCUACUCUAUGGACUAAAGAGCCUGCAAUAGCUAGACAUCUCUGGCUCUGACGGCCUCCGUGGCGCAGUGGUAUGCGCGGUGGAUUUACAAAACGGAGGUCCUGGGUUCGAUACCCGGCUGGGCAGAUUGAGAUUUUCUUAAUUGGUCCAGGUCUGGCUGGUGGGAGACUUCGGCCGUGGCUAGUUAUCACCCUACCGGCAAAGACGUACCGCCAAGCGAUUUAGCGUUGCGGUACGAUGCCGUGUAGAAACCGAAAGGGGUGUGGAUUUUCAUCCACCUCCUUACAAGUUAGCCCGCUUCCAUCUAAGACUACAUCAUCACUUACCAUCAGGUGAGAUUGUAGUCAAGGGCUAACUUGUAAACAAUAAAAAAAGACAUCUCUUUUUAUGAAAGCUGUUAGUUUUGAUUGUCUGUGCCUAUGCUUCUAUCAUAGACAAGUAUGGAGUUUGCUCUAGACCAUAGUGGCUUUGUUACAUAGCAGGUACAAAGUCAACUGUACACGUUUAAAGCAUAUUAUCACACUAAUAUUUUAAAGGCGAAAGUUAGUGUGUAAGUGUGUGUUUGUUCGUCCUUUGCGCUGCGUCUACUGAAGCGAUUUGACUGAAAUUUGGAAUGGAAAUGGAUUAAGCUACUUUUCAUCCCGGAAAAAUCCAUGGUUCCCGCGGGAUUUGUGAUUUUUACGCAGACGAAGUCACGAGCGGUUGCUAGUUGUUAAAUAUUUUCGCUCUACUACUUAAUAAUUAAUCGCCGUGCUGGAACUAAAGUCGAGUUUUAAGAAUUGUAUUCCCAGCAUACAUCCUCUGUUCAACUUCUGUGAUGAAAUCUGUAUAAACCGCAAUAUAAACUCAAUUCCCACAUACAGUCCACCCAUUUUUAGUACUCUACUAGUUAUUUAUGUAGUCUAUUGUAGCCAAAAAAGAAAAAAUUAGUCUCUUGUACGCUCAUAGUAAUCUCGCCACUAGUUAGUAAGUUCCGGCCACGUAGUAUAUAUAUUGCUAUUUAUUCUGUGCUCAAUCUUGCCAUCUUGUAGCUUAUUUAUAAAUAUAGCCCGAUUUAUUUUUUAAUUUAUUAACAAUAGUCAUCGACUAUAUGCCUUAAAGGUAUUAAUAAAGCUGUUUUUUUUACUGCAAGGUGCAUAUUAAAGUUCGAUACGUUUCCGUUGGAUUAGUUAAACGCCAGCCACACAACGGUCACAUAUAUAAGUCUGCAUCGCACUUUGGGGUUAUAGUUGUAGGCAGUGAAAAAAAUAUCGAAACCAUACCCAUAACCAAACGAUACUUGAAGAUAAAUCUUAAUCGUGUGUGGCUGACGUUAGGGAGCUUCCGAUAUGGUUAAAAUUAUAUUGGUAAACUAAUUCCUUAAUCCCGUUUUCUUUAAGAUCACUAACAGCAAAGAAAUCAACUAAUUGAACGAUCUAUAGAAAAGUACAUUUAAAAAAAACUCUAAAGAGUCGAAAAUAAUCCCACAGAAUCUACACCCGUCCACUGAAAACCCUGCUUCAAUAGAUGAACUAAGCUUACUUUGCAGUACUGUUGAAUUAUAGCAAAGUAAGAUCAAUCCUAAACACCGAUGUUAGCAGUGAAGUGAAGUAUUAAGUUAUGUAUAGUUUUUUAACAUUGUUUUUAUUUAGUGCGUAAGUACCUUGAACUUUAAUCAUUCCCAAAACUAUUCUAUGUAUUUUAAUUUAUCAAAACUAAGAUAUUCUUCAAACGUGUCAAUGCAUACGAAUCGCGUCCAAAGCCAGAACUCUUGCCGCUUUAAAGUUAUUUUUGUUAUUUUCUUGUUUUGUAUUUCUACCCUCUUUAGUCAUAAAAACAAAACCUAAAUAAAACUUGACGAAUUACUCUUUGACAACAUGGUAAAAGAAAGACGUAUAGACAGCGUAAAAAUUAACGUAAGAGGGAGGGACAGCGGGGAGGGAUAUCUUUCGCGCCUCAGACCAAUUAUUGUAUAGGACCUGAAGACUAAUUUACUGUCGUGACGUAUGCCAGUUGAUUUAUAUGAAAUUGAGAUUCUAUGUAAAAAUGUCAUCCGGUACUUACUGAUGGAUAUCACAGUUCGUAAACGACAUUUUGUCAAUUGAUUUGAUGUUUAUUUUAAUAGGUUGUUAUUAAAGACCAAAAUAGUGAAUAGGCUAGCCGCCUUGCUAAACGUUACUUUCUGUCAAAGUAUAUGAUCAACGAUCUAAUGCGAUUAUAAAAACUGUCUCUUUAGCAUCGAUGUUUCAUAGUUGUAAUCAUGUUCGUCGGUAAAGACCUCCGUAAAAAUACUUUUUUGUGAACAACUUAGUUUUCCUCAAAAAAAGUUGAGCUCGUUUUCAUGACAGACAAUUUUUUUCAGACAAAUUCCUUGUGAAAUUGGAUGAUACUGGUCCCUCUAUAAUUGGUCUGAGCUCCUAUAGCCUAUGCAGCGCUGGCAGGUAGUUAUUUAUGGUUUUCCUAUAAUAUGUUUAAGUUUGUAUUUUUAUGAUUAUGUGGGUAGAUAUAUUUUUACUACUUACAUACAGUGAAACCUUGGACUUGCUUUUAAUUAUUUCUUUAAUCAACACAGAAUAUUAAGUGCAGCGCCUGUAUUCCAAGGUUUAACUGUAUGUAUUGGAAAUAAUGUUAAGGAGUGCCAAUGCGUCACAGAUAUGUGGUGUGUAUUUAUUUAUUAUUCUACAUAAAUAAUGUAAGUUUUAAUAAAACCCGAUAGUGAGAUUUUGUUAAUUGUACGCCAGUGUAUAAGUAUACUCCAAAUAAAGUUAAUAAAUAAUA